CGCGCUGUCUAUGCCGAGUGGCGGCGGCUCUGGAGGACCUCAGCCCGCCGAGAGAAGCACUUAUCCCGGCCUGGAGUCUGUGGAGAGUCGGUGUUGCUGAUCGGCAGCGGAGGGUGCACACCGGGGGGUUUGGCUGUAGUUGUAGCCGGAUCUGAGGAAUUUGAUAUAUUUCACCGGGGAGAGCGAUACCCGUUGGUACAAAGAGAGGAAAGGAGACAAGGUCUGCAGCCAAGUUAUAGGAGGUUCAAAUUCCCUCUCCCUUUAUCCCUUGCGACCCUAGCCCUGACCUUUGACCCGCCCCUCUCUCUCCAAUCAUGGCACACCGAUCCCAGUCUUCAUCGAUUGGGGAAAACCCCCUCGACCCAAAUUUCCUGCCCCCACAUUACCGUGAGGAGUAUCGCCUGGCUAUUGAUGCUUUGAUAGAGAAUGACGUACAGGGUUACCAUGAGUUCCUCCAGUCUGCGGAUGUGGUUGGUUUCUUGGCACAGCAGGAGAUUGAUCUGAUCAAAUCCACGAUCCACGCGCCGAACCAGACCUCCGGCAUGCCCGAGCUGACGUACCCUGAAGGAGGUCUGGAAGAAGAUGGCUCCUCCGACACGUACUGGCCGAUGCAGUCCGACCUGGCCGCCCCGGGGCUGGAUCUGGGCUGGCCGCUGCCCCAGCAAAGCUUCAUGGGGCCCACAGAGGUCACCACUCUAGUGAACCCCUCCGACCCAGACAUGCCGAGCAUCAAGGAGCAGGCCAGAAGACUCAUCAAGAAUGCACGCCAAGUUAUUGCGAUCGUGAUGGACACGUUCACAGAUGUUGACCUUUUUGCGGACCUCUUGGAUGCAACAGCACGGCACGUUCCAGUUUACCUUCUACUGGAUGAGCAGGACUCUCAUCAGUUUAUCACUAUGGUCUUAAACUGCAAAGUCAACUUGGAUCACCACCCUAUGUUGCGCGUCAGGACGGUGGCAGGUGUAACCUAUUAUUCCCGCACGGGGAAAUCAUUCAAGGGGCAGGUGAAAGAUCGUUUCCUUUUGGCUGACUGCAAAGCUGUGCUGAGUGGCAACUACAGUUUCAUGUGGUCCUAUGAGAAGAUCCACCGCUGCAUCGCCCACCUCUUCCUCGGGGAACUGGUGUCCACCUUCGAUGAAGAGUUUAGAAUUCUCUUCGCUCAGUCAGAGCCGCUGGUCAUUGACCCAUCCAAUGGAGCACUUGCUCUUUCUGACAGCAGCAGCACAAGCAGUUACUUAGGCACCCAGUUUGGUUUGAAGAGGACCCAGUCUUUGCGCACCCCCGUAGGUUACCGCAGGCAGCCUGAGAUUUCCCCUGCCUUCCCCUAUGGCGACUCUUCCGCAAUUCCUUUCCGAAGGAACGAUCCAUUUCGUCACACUGUUGAACCUGGGACAGGAGUUACAAUUGGAAAGUAUUCCCAGCAACAGUUUCGUCUGCAGCAUUCGUUCCUGGAGCAGGGAAGGUCCAUAGUUUCCAGGCAGAUGGAUGCGAGUAGCAGUGCCUUCCAGAGGCACAGCUAUGCUGAAGGAACCCAGGAAAGCUACUCAUCUUCAAGGCAAUACAUGAAGUCCAGAGUCAUGAAUAAUCUGGAUGAGACAGACAUCCACAGGUAGUUAACCAUUUAAUCCCUACAAAUGUUUGGAAA